AUUCGACCUUGACUAGGCGGCGCUGGGCGCCUGGAGGCCUUCCUCCGGCGCUUCCGAACCGGUUCGAACAUGGACGGCUUAUAAUGAAAGAUGCGGCGCAUGUCCAGCCCACCGUCUCACUUGCCGAGAUAGCGCGAAGAAACGCACUUUCAGAAUUGCUCUGCCAACAAAGCAAGACUCGUCACGAUGAACGGCAGAACGAUUCUCCUGGCUGCUCUCUUGGCUGUAGUCGUCUGUUGGUCGGAAGCCGCCGACCCAGUCAAGCCAGCGCCCCCCUCACCUGCCACCGCAGAGGCCGGCCAGGAGGAAGGCGUCGACGGGCGGAUCCUGGGUGUGGGCAAGCUGCUCAGACACCUGCACAACAAGCGACCCAGCCGGAUCGGCUCCCUUCUGCGUGGCCACAAGCAUAACCACGGCGGGCCCCAGGUACCGCUGGGCGGCGCCCAUUAUGGCCACGUGGAGGGCGGUCAGCAGCACGGCUACCAGCAGGGUGCGCAGGGCUUCAACCAGGGCAGUCAGGCCUUCGAGGGGCAGAACAAGCACAAGAACGUGCAGGGAUUCCGCGAGACCAAGGGCUACCGAACCGAAAUGGGAUUUGAGGAGACCAGCUUUAAUCAAUACGGCUCGGGCACAGGAGGCUUCCAAGGGGGCUUCAACCAGCACACGGCCGGCAAGUUCCAGCAGCACGGACAGCAGCAGGCGGGUUUCGUAGCUGCGCCCGGCUACGGUAGACGCUGACCGCUACACGUUUCCACAAUAAACUAUUUAUUACCAC